UUGGAAAUGUUAGAAGUUGGUUUAAGGGUGGUUCGUGGACAGGAUUGGAAGUGGGAUAAUCAAGAUGGUGGAGAGGGUCAUGCAGGAACAGUUGUAGAAAUCGGCAAACCUUCUUUAGGCAACUCAACUUCUAGUCCCAAUCCAUCUGACAGAACACCAGAUAAAACUGUUAUUGUUCAGUGGGAUCAUGGAUCUAGGAGCAAUUAUAGAAUUGGAUAUCAGGGAGCUUAUGACCUAUUGGUAUUUGACAAUGCAGCUAUAGGUGUUAAACACGCAAAUAUUAUAUGUGAUGGAUGUAAAAGACAUGGAAUAAUUGGCAUCAGAUGGAAAUGCGUGCAAUGCUGUGAUUAUGACUUGUGCACUCAGUGCUAUAUGGCUGAUGUGCAUGAUCUGAACCAUUGCUUUGAGAGGUUUCAAACAGCUAACUCUGUGGGGAUUCAAUUGACUCCAAGAGAAGGUUGCACUAAGAUACCUUUGAAAGGAAUAUUUAUUGGAGCUAAAGUUGUACGUGGUCCUGAUUGGGAAUGGGGAAAUCAAGAUGGUGGAAGAGGAAAAACUGGUAGAGUCAUAGAUAUACGUGGAUGGGACAAUGAAAGUAGUCGAUCAGUAGCAACUGUUUCAUGGUCUAAGGGCAGCACAAAUGUCUACCGUUUAGGGUAUAAGGGUUGUGUAGAUUUAUGUUAUGUGGAAGAAGCUACAACUGGCACAUAUUACAAGGAACAUCUUCCUCUCCUUGGGCAAUCAAUAAUGACCGUAUCGGAUAACGGAACCAACGGAACUCCGACUAGGAGUGGCGUUCCUUUUACUGUAUCUAGUCCACGCCACUCAACGUUUAAUGUUGGGGACAAAAUAAAGGUAUUGGUCGAUGUAGAUAGUUUAAAAGAAAUGCAGGAAGGCCAUGGUGGUUGGAAUCCACGUAUGGCCGAGUAUAUAGGAAAGGUCGGUAGAGUUCAUCGUAUUACGGAUAAGGGAGAUGUUCGUGUACAGUUCGAGGGAUGUAACAACAGAUGGACUUUUCACCCAGGUGGAUUGACAAAAGUCACUAGCAAAGACACUUUUUCUUUAGGAGACAUAGUUAGAGUGAAAACUGAUUUAUCUACAGUUAAACUCUAUCAACGGGGCCACGGAGAAUGGAUAGAUGUGAUGAAAAAUGCCCUAGGAAAAACUGGGAAAGUAAUCAAGAUAUAUUCCGAUGGAGAUUUAAGAGUAGCUUUAGAUGAUCAUACGUGGACAUUUAAUCCUUUAAGUGUCACCCUUAUUCCUCCUGGAACAGAGACUAUUGCACUACAGGAUGAAGUAACUAGAAGUCGAGAUUGGACAGCUGAAGGUGUUGAUAUAGAAGUUGAAAAACUAUUAAGAGAUGCAACCAGGGGUGAGGCUGGUGUCUCUGCAGUUCAAGAAUUCCUUAAAAAGUAUCCUGGAAGAGUAGAUGCGAGAGCUGGUGGUCCAGGAGGUGGUAAGAAGACUUGUCUACAGGUAGCAGCACAUCAAGGACAAAGAGAUCUUUGUACUCUACUUCUGCAUGCUGGAGCAUCUUUGCAAGCUGUAGAUGAGGAUGGAGAUACACCUCUUCACUAUGCUGCUUUUGGUAAUCAACCAGAGAUAAUGGAGUUGCUUCUUUCACGUGGUGCAGCAAUUAACGCCGUCAACAAUGGCAAAUGUAGCGCUCUACAUGUAGCUGUAAAUAAACAACAUGCUCAGUGUGUAAAAGUUUUAUUAAAUCAUCAGUGUGAUGUUAAUCUCCAAGAUUCAUAUGGGGACACAGCAUUGCACGACGCUAUCGGAAAAGAUGCUUUGGAUAUAAUUGAUGCUCUUUGUUCAUGGCCAAAGGUAGAUUUUACUUUGAGAAACAAGCGAGGCUUCAAUGUUCUACAUCACGCUGCUUUAAAGGGUAAUGCACAUGCAACACAGAGAUUAGUAGUACGAGCAAGACAUCUCGUAGAUGUUAAGAAAGAAGAUGGUUUUGCGGCAUUACAUCUUGCAGCUCUGAAUGGUCACAAGGAUGUAGCCGCCACGCUCCUUUCUCCUGAUGGUGGAAAUGCGAAAGUGGAUUUACGAAAUAAUCGUCGACAAACUCCUUUACACCUAGCAACUUCUCAAGGACAUUGGGCUUUAGUCGAACUUCUUGUGCAUUAUAAUGCUGAUAUUGCUAGCACAGAUGCCGAUGGAGAUACAGUGCUACAUAUUGCUAUAGUGAAAAGCCCUAAUCAAAGCAAUGUAGUUCCUACGCCCGAAAGUUGCCGGGACUCUCCUCUUAUUUAUACAAUAUGGCAAAAUUUGAGUAGACAAGGCGCAAGAACGGAAUUGGCAUUGGCCUGUUUCUUAGUAAGUGUAGAUAAGAGUUAUACCUUAUUGGACCAUGUAAGAAACUCAAAGAAUAAGACGCCAUUGGAUUUCCUCGAAGCCGAUUCACAAAUUGCUCCUUAUGCUGAUUUAUUACGGUGUUACCAAUACCAAAGUCACAGUACCCAAUUAGAAAUAGAAAAUGCUCCUGUUUCACAGUCUUCUAUAUAUCAAAUAGACACGACGUUACAAUCAGAAGUGCUGCGCGGAACAAGAAAGUGUGUUCAAGGUUCCGGUGAUGCUUCUGAGUGUCAUGGUUGCUUAGGUAUGGUAACAAAUGCAGUGAAAGAUGGAAACAGGUUUAAUCCGAGUAACAGUAUUGCGAUCAUCAAUUGUGUGCACUGUGGUCAUGGAAUUGCCAAAACGAAAGCUGUGCUCGAUGGCCAAAUAGCAACAGGAGAAAUUUCCUUGACAAAACAUGAAGAAAAAGUGAAAGAUAAUGCAUUAGAUGAGAAAAAAAGCGAGGAAGACCAGGGUAAAGAAAGAGAGAAAGAUAAAGAUUUAGAACGAUUGCGAUAUUUAGAGACAAGAGUAGCUGAUCUGGAGGAAGCUAAUAUGUGUAGUAUUUGCAUGGAACGCCGUCGAAAUGUCGCUUUUUUAUGUGGUCAUGGGGCCUGCGAGCAUUGUGCAGCACCAUUAAAAACCUGUCACAUGUGUCGCAAAGUUAUCACAAAAAAAAUCAAUUUGUAUUAAACAAUCAAGAUGGAAGCACUUGUACGUCCCCUAUUUAGACGCUAUUUUGAUUCCUAAUAUUUAUACUUUUUGGACGUUAAACACACAAUAUUAUUGGCGUGCAUAAUUAAAUAACUAAAUUACAACUGCCAAAAUAUACAAUAUCUGUUUCUAGAUAUACAAUAUUCAAUGGAGUCUCCACGCACCAUCGUUGUGCCAUAAACGAAAAGAAAAUUCAUAAAUCAUAUGGGCGAGUGUCAUAUUUAACCUUUUUUCUUGACAGAUUUGUACAUUAUUUUAAACAAAACAAUCAUGUGCUUCUUCUUCUUAUGAGCUAUAUAUACACUUCGCCCGUUGUAUCC